AUGGCUCUGUUCGGAUCGCCGCAGACAGUGAUAUUUGAGGCGGAUGGCGGAAGUGCGGUGUACACGCUAACUAAUGCCGGAAUGACCGAUCUCAUCUACAAGAUCAAAAGCUCGAACAACAAGGAUUAUCGAUUCAAAAACGUCUACGGUUUCAUCGAUGCAGGCACAAAGUUGGGUAUUGAGAUUACUCGGACGAAAGCGCCGCCGAAAAACGACAAAUUUAUUGUGCAAUAUGCACCUGCGCCAAGUGGUGCUAAAGAUCCUCAAGCAGCUUGGAAAAAUCAGAAUCCACUAGCCGAAAUUUCCGUUGGCUUGUACGCUCUUCGUUAA